AGACACUAUCCUGCAAAUGAGUCAUUAUAAAGGCAGGUAAGCUGCAGCAAUUGGAUCAAAGAGCUGAGAGCAAAGCAGAGCACAGCAGCCUGCAUAAUGACCGGACACCACUGCUGGGGAUAUGGACAGGAUGAUGGGCCUUCUGAGUGGUACAAAUCAUAUCCCAUUGCCCAUGGGCAUCGUCAGUCACCUGUUGAUAUAGUCUCCACGCAAGCAGUUUAUGAUCCUAGUCUGAAGCCUCUUAUUAUCUCAUAUGAAUCGUGUACAUCUCUUGAUAUCUCCAACAAUGGCCACUCAGUCACGGUGGACUUUGAAGAUGCUGAUGACAAGACAGUGAUCAAUGGGGGUCCCCUUGAAGGUCCCUAUAGGCUAAAGCAGUUUCAUUUUCAUUGGGGAAUGAAGCACAGCCAGGGAUCAGAGCAUACAGUUGACAGCAAAUCUUUUCCUUCUGAGCUCCACUUGGUUCAUUGGAAUGCCAGGAAAUAUGCAACAUUUGGAGAAGCAGCAGCAGCUCCAGAUGGCUUGGUGGUAGUUGGUAUUUUCUUGGAGACUGGAGAAGAACAUGCCAAUAUGAACAGACUAACUGAUACCUUGUACAUGGUAAAAUUUAAAGGGACAAAAGCUCAGUUCAGAACCUUCAACCCAAAAUGCCUCCUGCCCUCAAGUCUAAAUUACUGGACAUAUCCUGGUUCUCUAACAACACCUCCUCUAUAUGAGAGUGUAACGUGGAUAGUACUGAAAGAGCCUGUCAGGAUUUCUGAGAAACAGCUGGAGAAAUUCCGAACUCUUCUCUUCACCAGCGAGGGAGAUGAAAGGAUCCAGAUGGUGAAUAAUUUUCGCCCCCCUCAACCUCUUAAGGGAAGAAAAAUUCGUGCUUCCUUCAAGGCCUAA